UUUCUUUACAGUUGCACAGCUGCUGGCACACAAGAAACAAAAGGACCCUUGAAAUAACUUCCUCAUGGAGGCAUGAGCAAAGAUUUCCAAUGAACAGAGAAAACGAAUAGCCACUGGGACCACACGUGUUCUGUAAACUGAUGUCACAGGGCAGAUAUGAAAAAGAUGGCUGAACGGAGUGGUUGUUAUAAGCCUGUAAACACACAGGGAAAUGAGCUCGGUUACCAAGGUUCGUGUCAAGAAAGUCCUGAAAAGGGGAUGAAAAGACUGCAAAAGCGAUUUCUCCACAAGGAUGGCAGCUGCAAUGUGUACUUCAAACACAUCUUUGGGGAAUGGGAGAGCUAUGUAGUAGACAUAUUUACCACGUUGGUGGACAUCAAGUGGCGCCAUAUGUUUGUGAUAUUCUCACUGUCCUACGUUCUUUCUUGGUUGUUCUUUGGACUAGUCUUUUGGCUGAUAGCAAUCCAACAUGGAGAUUUAUUCAACGAUGAAGGAAUAACCCCCUGUGUUGCAAAUGUCCAUAGCUUCACAGGAGCAUUCUUAUUCUCUCUUGAAACCCAAACGACCAUCGGUUACGGUUACCGCUGUGUUACAGAAGAGUGUUCUGUUGCAAUCCUCAUGGUUAUCCUACAGUCAGUAUUAAGCUGCAUUAUUGACACAUUCAUAAUUGGAGCAGCCUUGGCUAAAAUGGCUACAGCUCGAAAAAGAGCUCAAACCAUUCGUUUCAGCUACUAUGCUGUAGUAGGUUUAAGGGAUGACAAAUUUUGCCUGAUGUGGCGCAUUGGUGAUUUCCGGCCAAAUCACAUGGUUGAGGGCUCUGUACGAGCUCAGCUUCUGCGCUACCAGGAAGACAAGGAAGGGAGAAUGACAAUGGAAUACAAGGACUUGAAGUUGCUAAAUGACCAGAUCAUACUUGUUACUCCUGUAACAGUUGUACAUGAAAUUGAUAGUGAGAGCCCCUUGUAUGGUCUAGACCGGAAAGCUCUGGCCAAGGACAACUUUGAAAUCUUGGUUACGUUUGUCUACACAGGGGAUUCAACAGGAACUUCACAUCAGUCAAGAAGCUCCUAUGUCCCCAGAGAGAUUCUUUGGGGCCAUAGGUUUAACGAUGUCUUGCAUGUGAAGAAAAAAUACUAUAAAGUAGAUUGCUUACAGUUUGAAGAAACCACAGAAGUUUAUGCUCCUUACUGCAGUGCCAAGCAACUGGAUCGGAAAGAGCAAGAAUGGAACAGAACUGAGAAUACACUGGAAAGAGAAACAGAGACAUCAGCGCUGGAGAACAAGUCAUUUAGUACAGACCAAAAGUCAUUUAGUGCAGUUGCCCUGAUCACCAGUUGUGAAGAUCCAGAAGACGCAGUGACAACUGUCAAGCAGCCUUCUGCAGAAGUUUCUUAUCAGAAAGCAGCUGUGACCUUAAGUAGACUGUCACUGGAAUCCCAAAUCUAGCUUUCACUGCACUUAAAAUCACUUGCAAACUUCACCCAGCAUAGCUUUUAGAAUAAAAACAAUGAACAUAUGCACAAGUAUUUAUAUUAUAAACCUCACUCUGACAACAUGCCUACAUUGCAGUACAGAGCUCAGCUGCUGGAAUGAGCUUCAUACUGGUUAGCGUGGGUAUCAGUAACAGAUUAGCAUUGGCACAGUAAAACAGCUUACACUGGGUUGACUAGACAGCUACUGUACUUGAGCAAACUUAUUCUCAACUCUUUACUACCCCACAGGGAUCAAUGUUGGACAUGCCAAGAGAGAGAUAAUGAUCUAGUCAGGGAACAAAAACAAUAUAGUGUGCCCUGUAGGUCAGACUUUUCGAAGCUGCUUAAUUUAUUUGGAAACCCAGCUCCCAAUCACUCUGAAACUCCCCCACCAUCAGAGCAAACAAUUGCUCUUCCAUGACAAAGGCACUCCUCCAGCAGUUCAAAUGAAGCCCCUGUCCAGGAGUCAUAUUGGUAAAUG